AUAGGGAUAACUGUCACCAUACCCCAUUCUGCAGGCACUUUCUCUUCGUCCCAUAUAGCACCAACAAGAUUUGUCAGACGGGUCACCAGGGAUUUUCCGCCUUCUUCCAAGAGAGCUGGAUACAGACCGUCCGGUCCUGGUGCCUUCUCACGUUUCGGUACGGCUAUUUCGAAGGGCGAUCAAGGUUUACAUCCCAUUCGCUCGUAUGCAUUAUCUCCACCAGCUCCGGCGAUGAGCCUGAAUAAGUCGUGCGCGCAGUGUAAACAGAUAGUCUAUCCGUUAGAACAGUUAAAAUGUCUUGAUCAGGUUUGGCAUCGCAAGUGUUUCCGUUGCGAGAAGUGUGGAAUGGCUUUAAAUAUGCAAAACUAUCGGGGUUACGACAAGAAACCUUAUUGUUCUGCCCAUUAUCCUCAACCGAAACGAUUCACGGUGAUCGCUGACACGCCUGAAAUGCAACGAGUCGCUCAGAACACACGUGUCCUAAGUGAUGCCACAUACAGACAAGAUUUCUAUCGCACCAAAGGUCAUUCUCUACAAACAAUUCAGUCUCCUCAGCUGCCACCCCUCUCACAAUCGUCAGACACACGACCGUACCAGCACCAUCAUAACGAUUACGCGCUCGAUCAGGACCGAAAUUCAACUCAGUCUGCGCCACGAAUGAACUCUACCGGUCAGCCAUUCCGAUCUUGGUCUACGACUUCGCCGUCAGUCAGUCGGUCGAGUUACGUGGGCAAUGGGCACCACCAACCCUCGAUGGGCAACGGAUCAUACACGUCAAACGGAUACACAGGGACGUACUACUCGGGGCAGUAUGGAAUCCAACAGGGAAGACGUCCCGACAUCAGUACUGAGUUCACCGAACCAUCAGACAAUCAUUUCCAGCCUCCAACCGAAGUGGGCUACAACACUCAAACAUCAGACUAUCGCUCUUCAAAUCCCAAUACGAAAUAUCGUGCAAUGUACGACUACGAAGCCAGAGAAGAUGACGAAGUGACGUUCAUCGAAGGAGAUAUCAUUCUGAACGGCGAUCCCAUCACAGAAGGCUGGAUGUACGGCACGGUCCAACGAACUGGUCAAUUUGGCAUGUUGCCCUCCAACUAUGUUGAACCUAUCUGAAUGUAUCUCAAACUGUAGUCCUUUGCGCACGGAACUGGUAGCCCCGACUUUCUAGCAUUCCACCUCGCUACUCCUUGUUUCUCAAAGUCGUUGUUCUGGACUGAGCAGCUGAAGGUUACUCAGGUCUUGCGGCUCUGUUUCCACUCCUUUUCUGCACCUUUUCACCCGAAUGCCUUCUGCUCAACUACAGAGUACUACUGUUUCAUAUUACAAGCCUCAUCGUCCGCACCGGCCGAUUCCUUCGCCCUCAAUUUGGCUUCCUUUCAUUCCAGGUAACUCAAUGCAUUCUGUUUCUUUUUAGAUGAAACUCGACUUCUCCGGCUUUUUUUCCUUUCAUCAGUUGUUUUUUUAAGCCUACGCAUGUUGUCAUCUGGACGCAUGCAAUUUGAAGAGACGCUGGAAAAAUGCAACAGCAUGUCUUUGUUGAAUUCAAUGUAGAAUCGUUUUACACCGUUGUAUUGAGUUUUCCUCCAUCAGUCAGGGAAACAGUCGCCUCUGCUGGGAGUUCAACUGUCACGUUUCGGACAAACGGGACCCAUCAUGCAAGUGGUGUUUUGAGUAUCAGAGAGGAAAA